GUGCAUUUGGGCUAUCACGCCUACAAAUUCCCUGCUCCGGCGCAGCACCUUUCUCUUUCGGCUGUCCUUGGGUGCUCAUCCAGGAAUGCCGAGCCAUAGCGAGAGGAGAUUGAUAUCACUCUCGAGGGAGUCCAGCACGGUUGUGGACCCUCAUUCGAUUAACGAAGUGCAGAGCGGCUCUCCAAAUCGCAUCAGAACCACCAGGUUCACUUGGUUGACUUGGCUUCCGAAGUCUCUUUUCGCUCAAUUUCAUCGAGCAGCAAACAUCUACUUUCUCUUUGUUAGUAUCAUCGUAUGUCUUCCAGAUGGUCCUAUGAUGUGGUCCAGCACCGUGGUGCCUUUCAUUGGAGUUCUCCUGUGGACCGCCUUCAAGGACCUUUAUGAGGACCGACGGCGCAAGAAGGACGAUGAUGCGGAGAAUCUGAGAAUGUGUUGGCGCUACGACACUAAGGGCAAACGAUUUGAACAGGUUAGAUGGAUGGAUGUGCGCGUGGGAGAUAUUCUGCUCAACUUCGCAGAUGAGGCCUUUGCUGCCGAUGUACUUUUGGUGCGGGCGGCUGGUGGGCAGGCGUUUAUUUCCACGGUCAAUUUGGACGGUGAGACGAACCUGAAGGAGCGUAACGCUGCCAAUCUCUUGUCCGCGCUCACAGACAUGCCAGAGGCAGGUGCGGAUGUGCCUCGAGGAGAGAAUGCGCAUCAGAAUGUGUUGGACACUGCUGUCAUGACAGCGCAGCACUUGCAAGCUGAAGGCUUGCAGGUGGAGCUGCAGGCUCCAAAGCCCGUCUUGACCGAUAUGGAAGGGUCAGUGAAGCUUGCAUCAGCCUCUCCCAAGACCGAAGCCAAACUGACCGAGUUGCAGGUGAGUAGUCCUUGCAAGCUGAGCUAUGAGCUCUUCGUUCCGCGAGGGUGUGUCCUGAGAAACACUCUGUAUGUGAUCUCAAUCGCCGCAUUUUGUGGCCCGCAGACGAAAACACGGCUGAAUGCUGCUGAGGCAGUGGGCAAGGUCUCCAAUAUGCAGGUGUACCUCAAUCGUGGAGUACAGGGAUUGGUGAUUGCGCUGAUUCUAUGGUGCAUCUACUGUGCGACAUCUGCAGAGAUACAGGGUGUGAGCGUGGCAGACGGGAGAAAUUGGUUCUUGCGCUUCCUUUUCUACUGGAUUAUUCUCUACCAGAUCAUCCCAAUCAGCCUCUAUGUUUUCUUCGAGAUUGUGAAGCUGGUCUUGGGGUUCCAGAUCAAUAGAGAUCCACAGAUGGUGGAUCCAAGGAGCAAACUCGGGGCCACUGCCAGAACGGCUGAUUUGGUUGAAGAGAUGGGACAAGUCAAUUUUGUCUUCUCUGAUAAGACAGGCACCCUAACAGAGAACGAAAUGGUUUUCGCCCAUUGCUGUGUUUGCCACGAUGCAGAUGCAAGAGAUCUUGGAGACUUCAGACAGACGGCGAAGUUGGUAGAGAAGGCGGAGGAGCCGCCUGGUGUUGCAGAAGGGAAGCUCAUCUUGUCGAGCACCCAAGACCCGCGCCAUGCAGAGGUUUUGUGGUUCUUUGUGAAUCUUGCGACCAACCACUCAGUUCAGGUUGAGGGGGAAGGUACCAACAAGAAGUUCGAAGGUAGCUCUGCGGAUGAGGUUGCCUUUGUGGAGGCAGCAAAGGAUGUAGGCGUGACCUUUGUGUCUCGAACUCGUAUUCCUGGAACCAGCUCUACGGAGGUGGUCCUCAAGGGACCAGGCUCCAAAGAUUUCACGUUCACGAUUCUUUGUGAGAUCCCAUUCUCCUCGGAUCGCAAGCGCAUGAGUGUCAUCGUGAAGCACGAAGGCGAAUACUGGUGCUUGUGCAAGGGAGCUGACAACAUCAUGGGGCCCCUUUGUGAUCGACCACUAGGAGGUUCACUCGGGGCAAGUCUGACGCAGUACUCCAAGCUGGGCCUGCGAACUCUGGUGAUCGCUUCGAAGAAGAUGGAUGACCAAGAGUUCGUGGAAGACUGGCUGGUCAGAUGGAAAGAAGCUACAGUGUCAGAGGACCGAGAGGCAGAGAUGGCGCGAGUCGCCUCAGAAGUGGAACACUCCUUGAAGGCUGCAGGUGUGACAGCCAUUGAGGACAAGCUGCAAGAUGGCGUGCCUGAGGCAAUUACUUCCAUCAAGGCAGCUGGAAUCCGCUUUUGGGUUCUUACAGGCGACAAGACCGAAACAGCAGUCGAAAUCGCAAAAGCAUGCAAGCUUUUCUCUGAUAGUAUGACCUUGGCAUACUUGGUGAAUUGCAGCAACGAAAGUCAAGCGUUGCAGCUCAUAGAGGAUGCCAAGACAACCUUGGAUGGAAAGCCGGAUGGAGGACUUGUGCUCGAUGGCACCUUUGUCCAGCAGAUCUUGACCUCAAAGGAUGGUCGGCCAAUGUUGUACGAGCUCGCCAUGGCAAGUAAAUCUUGUGUUUGCUGCCGGCUAUCUCCACAGCAGAAGCGUCGGCUGGUGGAGUUAGUGAAGGACAUGAACAGGACUGGCAUCACCCUGGCAAUCGGUGAUGGCGCGAAUGAUGUGCCCAUGAUCCAGGGAGCCCAUGUUGGCAUAGGCAUUCGUGGGAAAGAAGGAAACCAAGCAGUCCAGGCCAGUGAUGUGGCCGUCUCCCAGUUUCGUUUCCUCGUCCCAUUGCUCUUUUGCCACGGAAGACGGGCCUACAGACGUGUGGCCACCUUCAUUUGCUACAUGUUCUACAAGCACACGGUCCUGGCCAUCGGUGAUAUCUUCUUCGCACACCAGAUCACGUUUCAUGCGAAGAUCGCAUAUCCUGAAUGGUUGAACUCUGCGUAUGCGAGUGUGAUUUGUGGGUUGCCAGUUGUCAUAGUGGUGAGCCUGGACUAUGACAUCCCUGAUAAGGUGGCGCUAUCCCGCCCAGAUCUUUAUGUUGAAGGUCCCAGGCGGAUGCGCUUCAAUGCUCCAAUUCUUAUCGCAUGGAUGCUCAGUGCACUUUACCACGGUGGAGUAGCAUGGCUGGUGCCCAACCUCACCGCCGGCACAGUUGACACAGAGGAAGAUGAGUUCUGGUAUGCCUCCUGCGUAUCCUUCAUCCUUUGUGUGGUCUUUGUGAAUUUCAGAUUGUGGAUGGUCGCCGAAAGCCCCUUUCGCAAAGAAACGGUUUUGAUACUGCUGUUCUCCUUCCUAAGCCUCGCAGUGACGUUGGUGGUUCUCGCUGAAUCUCCACUUGGAGACUAUAUGCAGCCCCAGAUCGAAGGUGCCUUUGUUGGAAUCUUUAAUGAGGCAAAGUUCUUUUUGCCGAUGAUCCUCACGCCCCUCGUCCUCUUUGUCGACCUGGCCGUCUACCAGGCCAUCGCCAUGUUCAAUCCCUACCCUUUAACAGCUGCCAAAAGGAAGCUGUGGUGGAGCGAGCGGAACAAGGACAAGGUGAGCAAGGCAGCGGGAGAGCUUCAAUCUUGGUGAUUUGCCAGGUGUUGAAGGUUUUAUUUGGGGCAGAGCCAUCACAGCAGUUGUGAAGGAAAUGACAACUCAAUUACUGGGACCACUGCAAGACAGUGUCCCGUUUUUCAUUAUUUUAGAAGACCGCUUCACGUUCUGUCAUGCCUUGC